AUGGAUACACGGUGCUGUACCCCGCCGUCGAGUGGCGGCGGUGAUGAUUUCGUUUUAGCCUCCUGCCGGCAUCAGCUUUUCGUGAACGAGGACGAUCACGGGGUGGAGAACACGGUGCUGGAGGCGAGCGUGACCUUGCGACCGUCCGAAAGCUUUCCGCGUCUCUCCCAAUCGCACGCAUCUGAGGAGACUCGGCCGAGCGACGCACUCGACACCAUUGUGGAGCUUCCCUCACCCACGCGCCUGCCACGCUCUCCGCGGCGCGCCUUUCAGUCUAUCCCGAUCAACAUCCCCGGCGACAACUGCUUCGGCCGAACCGCCUUUCAGGGCUGGUCAGUGGGGGCAACGGCCAGCGACGGCAUCACAAGCACACCCUGGCGGCCCCCGACCACGUCGGGGCAGCCCAGCGCCGCCUCCGCAGCAGUACCAGCAACCCAUGCGAGCAUGGAACAUCUGCAGACACCGGAAGUGCAGCGCACAAACUACGCCGUGGCCACUCCAAACAUGAUGGGGCACCUCCUCUACACGCCGCAGAUAUCGCCGGUGUGCCAGGCCUGGCGAACCAGCCUGGAUGCCGAGCUCGACAACGUGAGCGGACGCUGGGCAGCCGACCAGCUACCGUCCAUUACAACGCUCAUCAACAACGCCCUCUACGUUGGCGGCUUUCCAGAUUCGCAGACGGUGCCGCAGCUGCACGCGCUGGGCAUCCGCCACAUUGUCAACUGCUGCGCGCAGGACGUUCGCACAGCCCCCGAAGUGGCUGAGAGCUUCCACCUGCACUACUUCAAGUCAUAUGACUCAGAGGAGUACUUGAUUCUCCACCGCGACUACGACGCUUUCGCCGGGCUGAUGUCCACCAUUCUGGAAAAUGGGGAGAAGGCCUUCGUGCACUGUGUCGCCGGCGUGAAUCGCAGCGUCGUGCUGUGCGCGGCGUUCCUCAUGGAACGUCUCUCGCUGAAUCCGGUGGAAGCGGUUCGCGUGUUCCGUGCCAAUGGACGCAUGCGCAUCUUGGACAACAAAGGCUUCCGCCAUCAGCUCAUUGACCACUACCUGCAAAGCAUAGAGCCACACAACGCAAGGGUAGAGCUGCUGUAA